AUGGAAAACUCAGAUUCUAGCGAUCAAGGAAAUGACCAAUCUGAAGCACAGCGCAGAAGGCAAGGGGAUCGCUUGAAUCGGGAAGAAGCUUUCUAUGGAUUUGUCAAUAAUCUGAGCGGAGAAGACUCUCGACUUCUGAGAGACAACCAUUUGCUAGGCACCCCAGGUCAAAGUACUGGGGAGGAGCUCUAUAGAAGACUUCAGCAAAAAACAGUGGCCGUGCUGCCACCUCUGCCUCCGCCGCCGCCGCAGAGCUCAGAAGAAAACGGAGACUCUUCAGAUGACAAGUCCAAUGGUGACUCCAUAAUAGAUUGCCUUAGCUCUGUCAGACAGACUGGCAAUACAACAAGAAGUGGUCAGAGAGGUAAUCAGUCCGUGAGGGCAGUGAGCCACACUAAUCCAAACAGUCGUGAUUUCAGAUUCAGUUUAGAGACCAAAGUUAACCGUAAUAAUGGAAGCCAAACUUCAGAGAAUGAAAAUGAACCAUCUGCUACACGUCUUAGUUUAGAAAACAUGGAUCGCAGUAUCCUCAGUCAAAUGGAAAGUACAGCAUCUGAGACAUCAUCUGCCAGAACACCUAGGUCAGAACACAGUUCUGCUGAAGCAUUAACAGAUGUGCCAUCCACCAGAGGUCGGAGGAGGGCAAGAAGCCGGAAACCAGAACACCAGCGAAGAACCAGAGCCAGAGCUGAAAGAAGUAGUUCUUCUCUGCCCCCAGCAAAUGAAAUUCCACGAAGAUCUCAUCAUAGCAUCUCAUCUCAGACUUUUGAGCUGCCUUUGGUAAACGAGAUCGAGGGAAGUUCUAGAGCCCCUCACCAGAUAACUAGCCCUGAGUUGCUAGGUAGAGGUCGUUUUGUGGCUUCUGGGUCAAGAAAUUCUGCUGCUCAAGGGACAAGCUCUUCAGACACAGAUGCCAAUGGUGAAGCGGCAGGAUCUGGUCAAAGACCUCCAACCAGAGACCUUCAAGUCAGAAGAGUUCUGCUGGCAGAAGACCGGCAGAGAGAUAGCGCAGCUAGCAGAACUCUGUCGAGGUCUCAGAUCCCAAACAACACGGUCACUUAUGAAAGUGAACCUGGAGGUUUUCUAGGCACUUCUACACAUUCUGAACGUGCAGCUGGGUCAACCUCUAUGAGUACUCACAGCUUUUCCACUCUUUCAAUCUUCAAUACUGGAUCAAGGGAAACUACAUCUCCUCCAAUUCAACCCAGGUUCAGGCAGAGAACAACACCUUUUGGUGAGCUUGCAUGGAGUGGUAACAACUCUGCUUCCAUCCCCAGCUACAACCCUGGCCCCAUUUCCAUCGAUGAAUAUUCAGAAAGUAUCUCACAGAUGUUUCAAGGAGGUGUUGAAGCAACCCAACUUUACCCCUUUAAUGACAACCACCUAAUGAGAAGACCCACCAAUGUCCAGAUUAAUAACUUGGCAACGAGAAGUUUUGCUGAAAACGAUGCAUUGAAGACAUGCACUGUCUGCAUGACUCAAUAUACAGAAGGCGACAGAAUUUGUGAGCUACCUUGCUCCCAUGAGUACCAUGUCCCCUGCAUCGAACGCUGGUUUUGGGAGCAUAACACCUGUCCCGUUUGUCGCACUGUUGUCUUAUCUUCCUGGAGCAGACGAAGGGUUAUAUAA